AUGGCAAAGGUUUCUAUACAGCUAAUUCAAGUAACUUGCGCCAUUGUUUGGUGUCUUUUGGCAGCAGGUCCUAUAUUUGGUUUUGCUGCCCUUAAGCCUAUUUUGAUAAGUGAAGGCGUGUAUGGUGAACUUUGCACACCAAACAACGAUCCAAUUCUGAGUAUUACAGCGGGUAGAGAUGCUCUCAUGGCAGGGAAGGCCCCCAAACCAUGUACCGCACAAGACUUGAAAUUAAAUUUAAUGUUUACUGUUGGUGCAGGUACUACAAAUGUGGUCGCUCUUUUUGUGGGCUGGAUUCUUGACUCCUAUGGCCCACGCGUUUGUGGUUUCAUUGGUUCUGGAUUUUUAACUCUUGGGGCAUUGAGUUUGGGUUGGAGCUCGAACAUAUCCUUAUUUGAUCCUUACAUCGUGGGAUAUGUCUUGCUCGCGAUCGGAGGCCCAUUUGUUUUCAUUUCGUGCUUCCAGCUAGCAAAUAGCUUUCCAAAGAGAUCUGGAACUGUUUUGGCAAUCAUCACUGGUGCUUUCGACACUUCAUCGGCUCUUUUCUUCUUUUACCGGGUUGCUUACCAGAAUUGGAAGCCUGACUUGACUUUAAAGAAAUUCUUCAAUUUCUACUUAGUUGUUCCUUUAUUCAUUUUCCUUUGCCAGCUCUUUAUCAUGCCCAAAGAGUCCUACAAGACCUUGGGUGCUGUACAAAAGUUAGAAGUCGAGGGGCUUGACGAGAAUGGUAAUCUUCCAGAAGGAGAAGAUGGUUCUCGUAUUAUUCCAGAUGAUGAUGAAAGGCAAUCUUUACUCUCUACAGGGUCGCCAGUCAUUCGCCCAGUUCUUUCUUCUACGUCUGGGCGUAAGUCUAUAUGGGAAAACUACGUCGAAGCUAAAUUAGAGAAAAAGACAAAGGGUAUAUUUGGCGUGAUGCACGACUAUACGGCCAUCGAACAAAUAAAGAGUCCAUGGUUUUUGUUUAUGUUGGUCUUUACAAUCAUCUGCAUGCUGAGAAUCAACUAUUUUGUUGCUACCGUUAGAUCACAAGAAGAAUAUCUUUUGGGAGAUGCGGACGCAGCGUUGAAGAUGAACUCGAUAUUCGAUGUAGCCCUGCCACUAGGUGGUGUUGUCGCUAUUCCAUUCAUUGGUUUGGUUCUUGAUCAUUGCUCAACUUUGACAGCUUUGACGACGGUUGCCUCUAUUUCAGUUCUCAUCGGUGUUUUGGGUCUUACACGAUCUUUUCUGUUGAAUUUAAUUGGAAUCUUAAUUUUGGUAGCGUACAGACCAUUCUAUUAUACCGUGGUUUCCGAUUACUGUGCCAAAGUGUUUGGAUUUGAGACAUUUGGUACUGUUUAUGGAUUAUUGAUGUGCAUCUCGGGUGUGUGCAACAUGGGCCAAAGUCUUUUAGACAGGAUGACUCACCGUACUUUUAAUAUGGAUCCUACUCCAGUUAACUCUAUACUGGUCACAAUCACAGUGGUCAGCGCUGGGUGCUUACUUUGGUAUGUCAAUCGUGAAAGCAAGAUAAGAGAGGAGAAAAUGAAAAUUUUGGAAAGCAUUGCAGAUCCCAAUGACCAGGAACAAACUGCGUAUGGCUCUACCUAG